GCUGUGCUCACCGGAAUAAAGUCCAAAACGUCCCAAGUACUGUCUACAAGUUGCCAUGGCCCACGGCCCACGGGAACAUCGUAAAGUGGGCUUUUGUGGGCUUUUGCGGAUUUCCCGAAACCAGUGGCCGUUCCUUGCACGUACUGCCGCGCGGUAAUAUGUAAGUUACGCGUAUGUAAUUACGGUAACAAAACGCAGGGCGAGACACACGACACCUGCAAGGCGCUGUCGGGUGUCGAGCAUGCCACUGCGUCUCCGAUCAUCACCAAAACACCCGACAACCUACAUACCUACGCUACUGUAGCAACUCCAUCAACGAAAUGACACGAGAAGAGACCAACAACAUGUUCGCCGGAAAGGAUACCGAAGAGUCUCCAGUGAUGGUAUCUGCCGCGCUUGGAGACCACUUUGCUCAGGCCCUCAAAGACCUGGCUAGGUAUGGCAUGUCUCAUCCAUCUUUACCAUUCCUACAUACCAACAUCCCCAUGGGCCAUGGUGGCAACGUCGGCAUUCCGAACGGACAAGCGGCCCAAACGGAAGCCCUUGUUGACCGCCAUCUCAUCUCACAUCUGUCCCUUCGUUUGGCGUCCCUUUCUGUUGGGUUUGGAUGCGUGACAGCGUCUCGGAUCCCCCAUGCCCCCCAUCAUUUUCUCGCCCCUGUUGCUGUCCGCCUCGCAUAUGCCAAAAUGCCCCCCUGGAUUUGCAGGAAUAGCGAUGCGUAUAGGGGACCAGCAGAGGCGCGGUUGAUCAUCUCCGGGGAAAUCCAGGAUCUCAUGCUCCCAAGGCCAAGGGUCAAAAGUGACAGCUGGACGACGUUCCAGAGCCUUGAACGUGCCGUGCUUCGGACAGGCCGUCUAGCAGAAUCAAUAGCGGCCGCAAGUGUCUCCGUUGGCUUUCAAACCCGCAUUAGGCACGGCGGAAAAGCAGAUUUCACCAUCACUGAUUUAAUGCCCGAGUGGCAACGGAAAGCACUCCCCACCCGUCACAACCACAUCACACAAGUUCAUGCAAGCGCAUUGGGACAUGAAGGCCUAGAACCUUAUACCCAGCACUUGACCCUGAGAAAAUCCCUUCUUUCGCGGUAACUGGUACCAAGGACGGAGUACCCCGUCGGUACCACGUGAAAGUGAGCGAGUUUCAUCUCGAGAACUUCAAUCUUGAGUCGAGCCUCGAAUUCGCAAGGCGCCGAUUCCGAUAGUGUGUCGUCUUUACCCCGGCCCCAUUCCGGUCCGGUCAGUCCGGGAAGUGCCCAUCCGCACGGUACCGUAUCACCAUUCACCACCACCACCACAUCCUCCGUCCAUGUACCUACUACGCAGUAUACACGACCACC